AUGUCUCCCAACGGAGAGGCCUUUCUCAUUAACCCUGACGCCCAAGAGGGUCUCACACGGUUCCCCCAAGCUCGGAUCGCCUCAACAUCCAGCAAGACAAUCUACAUCUCGGGCACAGCUUGCGUUCGACCGGACGGUACUUGGCCAGGGGUGGCGGAGAAUCCAGACGGAACACACACGCUUGAUAUUCGAAAGCAGACCGCUGCGGUUCUAGAUAAUGUCGACAACAUCAUCAAAGGCGCGACAGGUGGGAAAGGGGGCAUUCAAAACGUGAUCGACUCGGUAGUGUAUGUAGUCGACAUAGAUAGGGAUUACACGGGAAUGAACGAGGAGUGGAACAAGGUCUUCCUGGAUCGCGCCAGUGCCCCCGCUCGGGCUACCAUUGGGGUGAAGCAGCUGCCUGAUCCCCGUAUGAUUGUGGAGGUCAAGGCGGUUGCCAUUGUCGACUCUUAA